UUUCCAAGAAAUCAACCAUAAAACUCCAAAAUAUUUUACAGUAAAAAUCUUCGCAAUCACCGCACCACCACCAGCCGGUGAUAUUUAUUUAAAGUCAAGAGUUAUCACUGUUGACGUUCGCCAGUCAACGCCACCUGAUUUGCAAAUUCCAUUGUCACAUGCUCUGCGGCCUGCUCCACCACAUCUUGUUUCCUCACGCUCCGUUAAAGCUAACGCCGUUACCUCCUACCCACACUAAAUAAAACCAAAGAACGAGUCCUUUCUCCUGCCAUUUCAUGCUCUCUGGCUAGCUGCUCUGUGUCUCCCCAAGAAUGCGAGUGAGGAAAUUUGAAAAACCGCGGAGCUUGAAAUGAAGACUUUUUGCGUGUUUUUCGCUUUGUUUUCUGCGGUUGCGCUGGCGGAAGCUGCAUGCAACAGUAGAGACCAAGAGCUGCUGUCAAAGGCUUUCAAAUCGGUCUAUGGAUUCAAUGUUGCUUGGUUUCAUUCUGCAGAUUCGAACUGCUCAAGGCCUCCUAUUACGGAGAUAAAGCUUCCGUCCAGAAAUCUGAGCGGGAGCAUCUCAUGGAUGUAUUUCAGGAACAUGUCGCAGCUUCAGAGUCUUGAUCUCUCUGGGAACUCCCUGGAAGGCUCUGUUCCGAGUUGGUUUUGGUCCCGUCCGAGCUUGAAAGACAUUAAUCUGUCCAGGAACCGGUUCGGAGGGACCGUUGUCGGAUCAAACAGUUCAUUCUCAUCGGUUCAGGUGCUCAAUUUGUCAACCAACAGGUUCACCAAUCUGGUUCGGCUCUCUGUAUUUCGGAAGAUCAGAAUUCUUGACCUUUCUCGUAACAGUCUCGGUACUCUUCCUUCUGGGUUAGCCAAUCUCACCAAGCUAGAGAAGCUCGAUAUUUCAAACUGCAAAAUUUCCGGCAAUGUCAAACCGAUUUCGUUUCUUCCAUCAUUGAAGUAUUUAGACUUGUCCAACAACUCCAUGAACGGUAAUUUCUCUUCCGAUUUCCCUCCACUCCGCGGCGUUAAGUUCUUGAACAUUUCGCUUAACAACUUCACCGGACUGAUUGACCCGGCCACUAACCGGAAAUUUGGCAAAUCGGCGUUCAUCCAUUCCGGGACUUCCAGUUUGAAUGCAUCAAAAACGCCUCAUAUUCCGCCUCACAGACCCCUCCGAAAACAGUACCACCCCAUAAACAAACACGAUAGUACUAGAAAACCCAAAUCCAAAACCACGAGCAAGAAGCCUCUGGUUGUAGGCCUAUCAUGUGCAUCUGCAGUUGUUCUUGCUUUCAUGGCGAUUUGUAUAGGUUUGUUGUACAGAAGGAAAACAGUGGCGAGAAAGAGCAAAUGGGCAAUCUCCAAACCCGUCCAACUGCCGUUCAAGUACGAGAAAUCAGGGCCGUUCUCAUUCGAGACCGAAUCAGGGACAUCAUGGGUGGCCGACAUCAGAGAACCAACGUCGGCCCCAGUGGUGAUGUUCGAGAAGCCCCUGAUCAAUCUUACCUUCAAGGACCUGAUCGCCGCCACGUCACACUUCGGCAAGGAGUCCCAGCUGGCGGAGGGCAGGUGUGGGCCUGUCUACAGAGCCAUACUUCCCGGAGAGCUCCACGUGGCCAUCAAGGUCCUCGACAACGCCAGGGACGUUGAUCACCGCGACGCCGUUUCCUUGUUCGAGCACCUUUCCCGGCUUAAACACCCCAACCUCUUACCUCUCUCCGGUUACUGCAUUGCAGGGAAAGAGAAGCUGGUGUUGUACGAGUUCAUGUCCAACGGUGACUUGCUCCGGUGGCUCCAGGAGCUGCCAACCGGGGAGCCAAACGUGGAGGACUGGAGCGGAGACAUGUGGGAGAUCCAAAACUCCACUGGGUCCCACCUCUGCUCUCCGGAGAAAUUGCUCUGGCUCACGCGCCACCGCAUUGCCGUGGGGGUGGCGCGUGGGCUGGCGUAUCUCCACCACAACGCCGGGUCCAAGCCCGUGGUCCACGGCCACCUGGUGGCUUCCAACAUCUUGCUCUCCGACAAUUUCGAGGCGCGAAUCGCGGAUUUCGGGUUCCAAAAUAUCGGGAUGCGAGACUCGGAUAUCGGGAACUGUAGCACGGAGACGGACGUGUACUGUUUCGGGGUGGUGCUGAUGGAGCUGCUGACGGGGAGGACGGGGUCCGCGGAGACAGUUGUGUGGGUCCGGAGGCUGGUGAGGGAAGGGCUGGGUUCGGACGCGCUGGACCCGAGGCUGCGAGUCGGAGGGGACGACUCGGUGGGCGAGAUGGUGGAGAGCCUCCGAGUCGGGUACUUGUGUACGGCCGAGUCACCGGGGAAGAGGCCCACAAUGCAACAGGUCCUGGGCCUACUCAAGGACAUACACCCCACCCCUUCAACGCUGGACUUGAGCUGAGUCGACUCACUUCGCCUCGCCUUGUCGGCGCUUCAACCCUUUUCCACCCUCCCCGACGCUAUUUCCAAAGCGCGCGCACAACGUAAGCUUACGUGUUGCUUGUUUUUGAGGCGUUGGGUUCGCACGCGCUUUGGUCGCGCGUGGAUUUUAUUUCUGAAUUUUUAUUUUUUAUUUGUGAUGUAUAUGCAUAAAUUAAAGAAAAAAGAAAAAGAAAAAGUGGGGUCGGUGAGGUUGAGAUGACCAAAGAGGACAGAGAAUCCCACUUAUUGCUUGUCUCUUAUGUGAGGGUUCCAAUCAUUUAUCCUUUUUCUUUUCUUUUUGGUAUAGCUAAUCUUUUUCUUUUUCUUUU